UGUAGACUGGCUCUGACUGCAAAUGGCAACGACCGUUGUUAUCCUGAGGAGCCCUGCAAAUCCAUGGCCUUCCAGUUCGAGCAACAGACUCAAACAACAGAAGAAAUCUUCUCAGGUGGUCGGCGGCUGCUGCACCAUCACUUUCACCUCCUCAAUUGCCUGCCGUGCUUGGCGGAAUAAGCAGUCCCUAUCCUCCUCUCCCACACACAAAAAUCGCACCUUCUCGCCAUCGGCGUCUCUUUCUCCUUCUUCUUCUUCUUCUUCUUCCUCCACCUCCACCAAGCUCUACGUCAGCGGGCUUUCGUUUCGUACCACUGAAGAGAGCUUACGAAAUGCUUUCCAAAAUUUUGGACAACUUGUAGAAGUCAAAUUGGUGAUGGAUAGAAUUGCAAAUAGGCCAAGAGGCUUUGCUUUUCUCCGCUAUGAAACUGAAGAGCAAUCUCAAAAGGCUAUCGAGGGAAUGCACGGAAAGUUUUUGGAUGGCAGGGUAAUAUUUGUUGAAGUUGCAAAGCCGAGAUCAGAGCUCCGUCAAAACCCCAAACAAAACCCAAGACGGUAUUGAAGUGUCGGCCGUAGCCUAUGAUUGUUGUUUAACAUAAAAGUCAUCGAUGCGUUCGCUUCGUUAGAAUUCUCAUGUGUGUGUGCUCUGGAUUCAAUUAAAGAUCCAAACUUGUGCUC